AUGGCAGUUAACGUUGGAUUAGUGAAAAUAUCGAAACAACUGGUUGCAGAUGAGUUACCUCAACGGUUUGCAGUUUCUAACAGACUAAUGCUGUCUGUGGCAAAUGAUGUCCUGCCGGAUAAGUGUUUUCCGUUGGAACAACUACGAUUUUCGGGUUCCAAUUUUGAGUAUUUCGUUUUCACAGUUCUGUUUCCGCCAAUCUGCUUUUUUGGUAUUACCGGUAACAUACUUAAUUUGGUUGUUUUGCUCAGCAAGGAAAUCCGUUCUAGGUGA